AGUUUGAGAAAAACAAAAGUAGCAGUGUGGCCUGUCCAGCGGCGCCCUCUCACUGACAUGGGCUUGUAGCCUCGUAGUCGCUUGACGGGUGCAGUCGGACGGGUUGGUGAUUGGUUUGUGACAGGUGGUUGUCGGAUUUUGAGGCUGCUGUGGAAUGCUUUUCCUCUCUCUUAGAUGGUUGCGAUGGUUAAUCGGGGCUUUGUUAGAGCAGGACAAUGUAGUUGAUCUGGGUUCUAUAACUUACAGUCGACCAAUAUGUUGUCCGGCGUGUGGUGGUGGGCUGGAACAAUAAUGAUGGAGCUGCGAGGUUGGGCCCGCUUUUGGGGAAGGAUUUUAGCAGAGGUGGUCACCAAAAUUAACCUUGCAAGCUUCGGACCUUUUGUGGCGGUGCUAGGAAAGCCGGAGUCGACUCUGACUGAUAUGAAAACGACUUGUAGUACUCUGAUGGAAAUUGUCAAUCACAAGAAGCAGCGGUGCAUCCCAGAGUCUGUGGUUUCCGCGUUAUUAGAAAAGAAAGAAAACGGAUUACGACACGCGGAGACUUGUAGUCAAGUCAGGCCAUGCAGAGGCCCUACUUCAAUAUCAAAUACUUUGAAUUUUCCAAGUCCUCUCUACCUUAUGGUCCUCAUCUGUUUACCUCGAUCGAGGCUAGCUUGAAGUUAAUUGAGCUCUCAUUUCUCCAAUCUUAUCUGCAACACCAUGUACUCGUCAAAGCCGAAAUCGUACGAGAAGUUCUCGGAGUCCAACACCGAUGCUGCUUCUCCGCCGACGGGUGUUCCGGUCAGCUCCAGCAACCCUUACUUCAGUCAUGAUGAUCAUGAUCAUGAAAACAGCUCCCAAAUGCCGGUUGCUCCGCCAUACCACCUCCGCCCUAGAGCCCCCGAGCCGUGGAAGACCGGCCUCUGCGACUGCCUCUCGCAUCCCAAAAACUGCUGCACAACAUUUUGGUGCCCCUGUAUCACUUUCGGCCAGAUUGCAGAGAUUGUGGAUAAGGGCUCUACUUCUUGUGGUGCAAGUGGAGCACUAUACACUCUGAUAUUUUGUGUGACUGGUUGUCCUUGCUUCUAUUCAUGCUUCUACCGUUCCAAAAUGAGGCAGCAAUACACUCUUGAUGAGAGCCCUUGUGGUGAUUGCUUGGUUCAUUGCUUCUGCGAGUACUGCGCCCUGUGCCAGGAGUACCGUGAGCUUCAAAAUCGCGGUUUCGACAUGGUUAUCGGAUGGCAUGGAAAUAUCGAGGAAAGGAACCGUGAAGUGGCAAUGAAUCCAGUGCCCCCGGUCAUGGAGGAAGGCAUGAGUAGAGAUCAAUGAUUGAGGAGAACAAGGAUGUAAACAAGUGUGUAUGAAAUCUUUAAUUAUUGAUUGUUGAAAAGAUUAUAGUUUGUAGUUGCCAGAGUUUUGUGAGGAACCAGUUUGAUGUAUUUAUUUUUUUGAACAAGACUAGUUUGAUGUACUUAAUCUCCUUUAUAAUAAACAACAAACGAAAAGUGAAAAAUCCUAA